AUUAUAAGUAUUUUUUAAUGCCAAAGGCAAUAAUGACCUACUGUAGGUUACACCACAACCAAUCCUAACAGAUCAACAUUUGUAAACAGUAUUUCUAAGAUUUUUUUUAAAUCAAGGAGUUCAGUGUCAGACAGUUAAUAAUUACCUGAAGAAACAUUCCCCUUUUCUAACACUACACCUUUUAUUACUUCAUUUAGUUUAGUGCAGAUAUAACUAGAUAUAUGUCUUUACUGUAUAUCAGAUCAUAUAUAGAGCACAGUAAACAAUGACAGUUAAUUACGUUACACCAAUCUACAAUUUGACCUUAAAUGACGUAAAUGGGUGCUUUAAUGUGUUUUUGUUUUCAUGUUUUCAUUUAAAAUGUGGGUCAUGUUGCUCCAUUAUUUUGAAAAUAUUUACUGCAGUUAGGUACCUUAAAAAUUUGUAGUUGUCACGUUCAGAUUAUACUCAUGCUUUUGCAGUCUAGAAAGCGAAUCGGGUUAAUACCAUUGCUGUCAAAACAAACAAGCCGGAACUCAUAUUUCUUAGAUGUCUUUCGGAAAUAUAUUUCUGUCGUACCAGUGGCCGGAAGUGUGGUGUAUCAUUGUAAACUGACCGAUGUGGAAGGGGCGUUUAGUCGGCAUUUACAAAAUAUACAGACAGCAUCGGUAGCCUAAAUGAUAAUCUUAAUACUUGAAUUUAUAAUUAGUAAUGACUAUUUUUAAAAGUACAACGAACUAAGAUACUUAAUUUUAAAAACGUUAUGACAGCUGUAAACUAUGACUUCAUAAUGCAAGGUUCAUAAAUGAUACUUUUACGAGUCUUGACCACCUAGUAUCUGGAAGUGAUAUACUGUUUGGACUUCACAAGCUCAAGCAAGUAAUUUUACUACAAGCAGCGAGUAUAUCCAUGGCAUCUCGGAGGCAGAAGCGGCUGCUGCGAUACGUGGAGGAAGGAAGCCUGCUGAAGUUGAAAUCCUACCUGCGCAAACACCCGGACACAGACCUCAGCUUCAGCCAGGGCAGUAAGGGCCGGACCCCGCUGCACCUGGCCUGCUCGCUGGGCGACGACGCGGUGCUCAGGCUGCUCCUGAAGAAGGGCGCGGACCCCCUGCUUCAGGACCGGAAAGGCGACACGCCGCUUCACCUGGCGGCGAGAAGGGUCCUCAAACGGGGCAAGAGAGUCUAUGAUGAUCUGGUUGCCCCUCUCAGGAAACACUGUCCAGCUGCCAUGGAGAUGCCCAAUAAUGUGGGAGUCACCCCUCAAGAUAUUCUGCAGUGGAUGAAAGUGGGACAAGGCCGGGUUCCACCAGCAUGCAGAAACUUCCCCGAAACACCUGACCCAGAGAGAGAGUGGCGUGAGAAGAUUUUUGGGGAGUGCCAGGAUGAAUUCUAUGAGACGUUUGGACAGUAUGACGAUGACUUCUCUCGGGAGGACGCCGAAGAGGAGGAUUUUGGGGACUGGGCCGAUCAGGUCAGACGGGAGUACUACCAGAAGCAGCGGCAGGCUCAGCAGGCGGCGGCCGCGUCUGCUGCUCGGAGCCGUGGGAAGAGGCCGGAGACCGAGGCGGAGGCGAAGAGCCGCAGGGAUUUCCAGGCCAGGCUGGAGGCCGAGCACGCCGAGUAUCUGGCCCGGGCUGCGAGGAAGGAGGAGGAAGUCCGCCGGGGCAAGAAGCAGAGAUACGAGGAGAAGUGUGCGGCCGCCUUCCGGGGCGAGUCGGACUCCAAACUCGGCUACGCGGACAUCCCGUGGCCGGCGCCGCAGGGCUCGGUGCAGGAGAUGGUGUCGGUGAUGCUGCACGGGGCCGAUCGCGGGGACCGCGGCGCCUUUCGGAAGCUGCUGAGGCGUCAGCAGGCGCUGUGGCACCCUGACAAGUUCGCCCAGCGCUGUGGCGGCCGCCUCAGGGAGCUGGAGAGCAGGCGAAUCCUGGACACUGUGACUGCUCUCUCGCAGGAGCUGAACAAGCUGGCCGAGAGCAUUAAAUGACUCCAUUCACCUUUAAUAAAGUGGUUCAAUUAAAAUGCU